AUGUUUCGUAAAGCUGUCAGCAGAGGAAUAUUCCCAAGUAGACGGCUAUUAAGUUCAAGUAUUAGAAGAAAAUCUAACCAGACCAAUAUCAUGAAGGCUAUGGUUUAUUAUGGUGCAAAUGACAUCAAAUUUGAGGAUAGAGAACAACCCCAGAUUCUUUCUUCAACGGAUGCCAUUAUCAAAAUGACGCACACUUCAAUCUGCGGUACCGAUUUGGGGAUUUGGAAAGGUAAGAACCCCGAAAUUGAACAAACUGCUCAAACGAAGGAAGGUAGUUUUAAUGGACGCAUUUUAGGUCAUGAGGGAAUUGGAAUUAUCGACGAGGUCGGUGAUGCAGUUCAUAAUUUCAAAAAAGGAGAUAGGGUUAUAGUGUCCUGUAUUAGCAGAUGUGGGACCUGUGAAAAUUGUGCAAAAUCUUUGUAUUCGCAUUGUACGAAUGGAGGCGGAUGGAUUUUAGGUUAUAUGAUUGAUGGUACUCAAGCUGAAUAUGUCCGCACUCCAUUCGCUGAUACUUCUUUGUACAGCGUGCCAGAGAAUUUGUCCGAUGAAGCAGCGGUAAUGCUUUCGGAUGCUCUACCUACUGCCCAUGAGAUUGGUGUGCAAAUGGGUAACGUCAAGCCGGGUGACACAGUCGCCAUUGUUGGUGCGGGCCCCGUUGGUAUGGGUUGCGUUCUAACAUCUCAGUUGUAUUCACCAAGCUUGUUGAUUGUUGUUGACAUUGAUGAUAACCGUUUAGCAAUGGCAAAAGAGAUGGGUUCAACUCAUACCAUCAAUUCAGCAAAAGAAGACGCAGUGAGCAAGAUAUUAGAGUACACAAAUGGACGUGGUGUGGAUUGUGUAAUGGAGGCUGUUGGAGCUCAAGCAACUUGGGAUAUCUGCCAGAGGGUGAUCAAGGAAGGUGGCCAUUUAGCUAACGUGGGCGUCCAUGGAAAACCAGUCAAUUUUGAAAUCGACAAAUUAUGGAUAAAGAAUUUAACGAUAACAAGUGGCCUUGUUAACACCAACACCACAGGGAUGUUGAUGAAAAGUUGCUGUUCUGGUAAAUUAAAAUCGGAAAGGCUUGUCACUCACCAUUGCAACUUUGGAGAAAUGUCAGGCAACUACAACAUUUUCAAACACGCAGCUGAAGAGAAAGCAAUGAAACUUCUAAUUACAUUUUGA